AUGCCAAUUCUACCACGUCUCCCCAGCCACUCUCAAACCCCUCCGAUCCACACGGCCCGGCUUCUGCUCCGACCGUUUCGGGCCGCGGAUCUUCCCGCCUUUCACGUUCUCCGAACCACUCCCGAAGUCAUGCGCUGGACUCGACAGGGACGCAUCGAUGCCACAAUAGAAGAAACCAGUAAAUGGAUGGAGCGCUUCACCAAUGAAACCCAGACAGGGGAACUACCUAACUAUAAUUUCGCCGUCCUACGUAAAAAGGUCCCGGGUGAAAUCCCAGCUACGGAGUCCGAAGAAGGCGAUGUCAUUGGCGUUAUGGGCAUCAUGUCUAUGUCCCCGGAGAACGGUCCUGAGGUGGGGUAUUUGUUUCUGCCCGAGGCGUGGGGUAAGGGGUAUGCGACGGAGGCUCUCACGGGGCUUGCGGAGGCAUGGUGGAGGUUGCCCACCCCUGAGCAUGAUUUCUCUGGGAGUGGGGGAGAAGCAAAGGAAGUAGGGUUUUUGCGCGCUGUGACACAUAAGGCAAAUCUGGGGAGUGCGAAGGUCUUGACUAAGUGUGGUUGGACGGUGGUCGGGGAAGGUGUUGAUGGUGGGGGUGAGAAGAAGUUCGACUCGUUGUAUUGGAUGUUGCGGCGCCCUGCGGUUUGA